AUGGAUGCAUGGACAACUGCCACUACAUCAUCUCUUUCAGGUUUGCUGAAAGUAGGAGGAAGUGGUUUUUCAAGUCAAGUUCCUGAUAUUUUAAAUUUGUCAGACCCUCUAUUGAGUAAAAUAAUCACAUCUAAAAAAGCAUUACAAUUGAUAGAAUCAAACCUAGUUUCAGGAGAUGAAAGCAAUACAGCCAAUAAAAUGAUCAUACAAUUACUAAUGGCAUCUUGCGAUGGUGAUGCUGUCACAUUAGAAAGUAUUACUAGAUCACACCCGGAAUUGGUUGAUCAAUUGUUCCCACUGGACUCGAAUGGUGCAACUGCUUUGAUCUAUGCUGUCUGUUUUAAUAAUUCAGAUAUAGUUCAAUCAUUGUUGAAUAAUCACAAUGCUGAUCCAGACCUUCCGGAUUCUAUCAUCAAGUAUACCCCAAUCAUGUGGGCAGUUCAUCUUAACCAAUUGGAAAUGGUGAAAUUGUUAAUAAGUCAUCAAGCAGAUCCAUAUUUGUCUCCUAAUGAUGAUGGAAAAAAUGCAAUUUCAUUGGUUUAUCCAGAACACACUGAGAUGUAUGACUAUUUCAAAUCUCACAACUUAUUGAAACCAAAAUUGGAUGGUGAUGAUGAAGAAGUUUUUGGAGCUGAUGCAUUUACCCCCACCCAAGAUGAAUUUGAAGACGAUUUCGCCAGAAAACUUAAAAUGCAAACUUUAACUAGCUCCCCAUCGGGAUCUAAAUAUGAAGAAGACGAACAGGAAGAACAAGUCCAUGAAGAAGAUGACGAAUAUACUUUAUCACAGAAUAUUGAACUCAAACAAACUCCUGAAUUUGAAUACGACAAAUUAUUACCAGAACAGUAUAUUAAAUUCACCGACAGCGAUAUUCCUUCUUUGUUGAAUUAUAUUUUUAAUUUAAGAUCUCAGACGACAUACCAACAUAACACCAAACUACCAGCUACAAUUGUUUUCCAAUUGAUUAGAUAUUCUGCAUUGAAAGUUGAGUCAAGUGAACUAAGUGACUUUUUAUUUGAUUGUUUUACUGCCAGAUUGAGAACUGUUACAAAUACAAAAUCAGGUGCAUUUAACAUGGCUAUUCAGGAUGAUGGGAAUCCUGCAAAUGCUCAUGGUGCUGGUGAUAUUGUUUUACUAAGUUAUUGGCUUUCUUCAUUACAAUUUUUGCAUUUCUAUUUUGGUAAAAAUGAGAUCUAUUCCAAAUACCCAAGAUUUUUACAAGAAAUAAUAAGUUUAGUGCAAUCAUUGAUAGCAACCUUGUCAUUCUCCAUAAAUUCAAGAUUGAAUUUACUUGUGGAUGACUGUAUUAUCAAUUUUACAAACUUGGUUGAUGUCUCUAACGUGUUGUAUGCAAAAGAUUGGAAUUUGUUCAAAAAGAAUAAAUCACAUCCAAACACAUAUGAUGAUAUUUUAAAUACCUUGUAUCCACCAUCGCAAAAUGAAUUGAUGAAACCAUCACCAAUCAAAUAUUUGCAAGUUUUAGGUGCAUUAGACUAUGUCUUGAAGAUCCAUAACGUCGACAAUUUACUUCGUCUGGAAACAUAUUCACAAGUUUUCUAUUACAUAAAUUGUACUAUUUUCAACCGUAUAAUUAGUCAAUCCAAAUAUUGCACUCGUUCAAAAGCCAUUCAAAUCCGUCUUAAUAUAUCCGCUAUAGAAGACUGGUUGCGUUCACAUAAUAUGAAGGUGUAUAAGCCAGAGACCAUUGGUGGCUUAAGCAAGCUCAUUAAAGCUGGAGAUGUCAAGUUGCAUUAUGUUUUGAAUGAAGAUAGUGAUCCACAGUACCAUAAAAAUCCCCAUUACCUCCAAUUUUAUUAUCAUUCAUUAUAUCAUGUGGGGAAAUAUCAAUUACAACCGGUUAUUGAGUUAUUGCAAUGGUUGCAAUGUAUGUCAUCAUUAAACGAUGAAGAAAGUUUGAUAAAUACCAUUAAUCAAUUUGACUGUUUAAACUAUUAUCAACUUGUCAAGGUGGCCAAUAAAUUGUACAAAUACGAGGUCAACGAAGAUAAAUUGCCAAAAAAAUUAAUUAAUGUUAUCAAAGCAUUGAUGAAUGAGCAAGGACCUAAUCAAAUCAAACGAUUAUACUUGCAUUACAUGACGCAAACAACAUUCUUGUCAAAAGAAGAAUACAUUUAUUUGAAUCCAAACUUUAUCUUUGAAGUGGCAUUACCAAAUUUGACGGAAUUGAUUAAUAAUUAUGGUGCUGGUUUGGGUGGUGUAAGAAUCCUUAGGAACAAAAAAUAUCAGCCAACAUUACCAAUUGCCAUUAUUGAUGAGAUUGAUGAAAUUCAAGCUGAGAAUAAUUCAUGGAGGGAUGAUUCUUAUAAUUAUGCAAAAGAAGGAGAAGGAGACGAAGAAGGAGAAGCAGAUUAUGAUGAUGAUAGAGAAGAAAAUGGAGAAGCAAAUGAACAUGGAAGAGAAGAAAAAGAGUCUUUGUCAACUGAUGGAAUUUUGGGUUUCAAAGUUGAUUCGCCAACAACAGAAAAAGAUGGUUUUAAAGGUGACGAAAUUUUCAAACAAGUACAAAUGCCAAACUCAUUACUUCAUAAAAAUUGGGGAGAUACUGGUGGUGUUGAAGAUUUUGAAGCAAAUCCUUGGUAG